AUGGAUGUCCCUGGCUUUGCCCUCGUUACUGGCGCCGGAUCAGGCAUCGGACACGCCUGUGCAUUAACUUUUGCCCGCGAUGGCGCUGCUGGCGUGGCUCUACUGGAUCUGAACGAGGCUGGCUUACUAGAGACGAAAGCCGAGAUCGAUGCAUUGGAGUUACGCAACGGUCAUCGAUGCCGAGUGGAGGUCUUCCCACUCAGUGUCACCGACGAGACUGCGGUUGACGACAUCGUCGCAAAGGUGGCUACGGCAUUCGGUCGCAUAGACUACGCCGUCAACGCCGCAGGAAUCGCAAUGAAACACCCAGGCGGCGCCGCAUUUGCCCGGACAGAAGAUUGGCGACGUGUCAUGGAAGUGAACGUCACGGGAACCUUCUUUGUACUGCGGGCUGUUGCUCGUAUUAUGUUGAAGCAAGAGCCAAUCCGCUCGAGCAUCGACGGUCGGCCGUUACAGCGAGGUUCGAUUGUCAAUUUCUCGAGCAUCCAAGGCUUAGUAGGGAUUGAAUUGUCCACGGCAUAUACUACAAGUAAACAUGCUGUGUUAGGCCUGACGAGGACGGCGAGUGAUGAUUACGCCAAAGACGGUAUCAGGAUCAAUGCCAUCUGUCCCGGUUAUACAGAAACGCCGAUGACGACACGGGACCCGGCCGUCAAAAAGGCCAUGGAUAAGAGGGUGCACAGUGCGGUGCCGAUGCAAAGGAUGGGGACUCCUCAGGAAAUUGCAGACGGAGUUGUGUUUCUGUGUGGUGGGCGGAGUUCUUUUGUUGCAGGCUCAGCUUUGAGUGUAGAUGGAGGAUAUACGUCGAGGUAA